GGGAAGGGGGGAGGAGGAGUGCCUCCUAACGUGAGGCGGUGCCGCUCUCCUUGCUCUCCUGCCGGCCGCGAUCUCCCGCGGGCGUUUGCCAGGACCUCUUGGGCGCCGCUGCGCUCUCUUUGCGCGGAGGAAGGCGCGCAGUUGCGAGUCGGGGGUGCUGCGGAGCCCUAG